AUGGUCCGAAGCUUAAAGAACCCUAAAAAAGCUAAAACCAACAACAAGAAAGGGGAAGGAUCCUCGGAUUCCGUGCCCUCGUUGGCAGCUAAAGUAUGGCAACCAGGAGUAGACGAAUUGGAGGAAGGUGAAGAGCUUCAGUGUGAUCCUUCUGCAUAUAAUUCUCUUCAUGCCUUCCACAUUGGCUGGCCUUGUAUGAGUUUCGAUGUGGUGCGUGACUCGCUUGGUUUGGUGCGGACUGAGUUUCCUCAUACUGUAUAUUGUGUAGCAGGAACACAAGCAGAGAAAAGUUCUUGGAACUCGAUUGGAAUUUUUAAGUUAUCUAAUAUAUCUGGAAAAAGGCGAGACUUGGUGCCAAGCGAUGAGAACUCUGAUAUGGACAGUGAAAGUAGCGACAGUGAUGAAGAAGAAGAGGAAGCUGUUCUACAGCUACGCAAGGUGUCUCAUGAAGGAUGUGUUAAUCGUAUACGUGCUAUGGCGCAAAACCCCAAUAUAGUUGCUUCUUGGGCUGAUACUGGUCAUGUUCAGGUGUGGGAUUUUAGCUCGCAUUUAAAGGCUUUGGCAGAUUCAGAGAGCCACGGGGCUUCUGCAGUCUCUAAUCAAUCGCCCUUAGUUAAGUUUGGCGGACACAAAGAUAAAGGCUAUGCUAUAGAUUGGAGUCCUCUUGAACCAGGGAGGCUUCUUUCAGGGGACUGCAAGAAUUGUAUCUAUUUAUGGGAGCCAACUUCUGGUACAUGGAAUAUUGAUGCUAAUCCUUUUAUUGGACACACUGCAAGUGUUGAAGAUCUUCAAUGGAGUCCUAUAGAUCCUUUUAGGUUCGGCUCUUGCUCAGUUGAUGGAACUAUUGCAUUAUGGGACAUCCGUGAGAGAAAUUCUCCUUCUGCAACUAUAAAGACACAUAAGGCAGAUGUCAAUGUUAUAUCGUGGAACAAGUUGGCGAGCAAUAUGCUUGCAUCUGGAGGUGAUGAUGGGACAUUUUGUGUUCACGAUAUUAGAUUCGUAAAGGAAGGACGAGACACUACCGUGGACCUCGUGGCGUACUUUGAAUAUCACAAACAUCCCAUCACUUCUAUCGAAUGGAGUCCUCCUCAUGCAGCCUCCCGUGAAGCCUCCUCAAUCGUUGCUGUUUCAUCAUCAGACAAUCAGUUGACUAUAUGGGACCUUUCUUUGGAGAGAGAUGAGGAAGAGGAGGCCGAGUUCAAAGCUCAAAUGAAAGAGCAAGUCAAUGCCCCAACAGAUUUACCCCCACAACUUCUCUUCGUCGAUCAGGGUCAGAAAGAUUUGAAAGAACUUCACUGGCAUCCUCAGAUCCCAGGAAUGGUUAUAUCCACAGCAGCAGACGGAUUCAACGUACUUAUGCCAUCAAACAUUGAAAACGCGCUUCCUGCUUGAUACUUCCUUCGUUAAAUACGCAAGUAAUGUUUGAUAGUUCGUU